AUGCGUCAUGCUGAAGGCAGGCGAACCGCUGUCGUCCGUCGGAACGUGUCGACGGUCACUGGCGCCGAGUCGACCAGUAUCGCAGAUGAUGUCCGAGUUCCGCCCGUAAGCGACACAAAAACGCGAGAUGCAUGGCUCUUCGUCGACUCUGUCUUCCCAGUACGCCUCGGCGCAUGGGACCUCCGGCACUACAUCGGCGUCUUCCGAGAAGACACCCUCCUCGAGAAGCUCUCGCAUAUCCUCUCCAACGUCUCGUCCUCGUCCCGCUUCUCCUUCAAGCCCCUCUCGCUCGAGUCGCACCACAAAGAGGGCGGCGUCUUCGUCCACUUCUCGUACGCGCUCGACAAAUCCGACGACGCCGCGAAGCGGGAGGAUAUCGAGCGCGUGCUGGGCGAAAUCGAGAAGGAGGUGAGGGCGGAGGCUGCGAAGGACGGAGGCGUGCCGAAUUGGAUAGGACUCGGGCACGGGAGGGUAUGGACGGUGAAGGGGCAUCCUUGGCGAGAGGAUCUCGACCGGUAUGCGUCGCCGAUAGUGAAAGUCGCUUUUGAGGGGCCCGAUGUCAGGGAAGAGAUGUUGUACGAUGUGCUACGACCAUACGGCAGGAUACAAGACAUAGGGAUGCCGACGCCUCCGCCGGCGGGGUCGCUCCGCACCGCGACGGUCUCCUUUCGCAGCCUCAGCGCCGCCACGGUAGCCAGGAACGUGAUGCACGGGUUCGACGUCGUCCCCGGCGGUUCUUCACCCAGCACCAGGCUGCGGCUGGGAUACCAGCCUCCCGUACAGGCGCACGUUAUACGUGAUUGGCUCUCGAGCCACCCGAGGAUCGUCAUACCCGUCGUCGUCUCGCUCUUGCUCACGUUUACAUAUACCGUGUUCGACCCCAUCCGCACCUGGAUGAUCGAAGGCAAAGUCGGCGAUUGGUUCGAGUACCAGGACUGGGCGCUCUAUCGCUGGCUCACGACCCGGUUGCCGUCGUCGCUCGGCCUGGCGUCGCAUCACGACGAAAUUCUGACCGAGGGAGGAGCCAGCCAUGAAGCGAGAGGGUGGAAGGAUAGAGAGGAUGCGGCGGGGGCAAUGGAGCGGUACUUGACCGAUCUACCGAAUACUAUCACUUUCGUGCACGGACCGCAGGGGAGCGGCAAGGGCCGGAUGCUGGAGGCGGUCAUCACGGCUCACCAUCGGAAAGCGCUCAUUAUCGACUGCAACGAGCUCUUCAAGAAGUCAUCCGACUCGCAGCUGGUCGGCGCGCUCGCCGAACAGACGGGGUACUGGCCGAUCUUCACCUUCCUCAACUCCGCGAGCAACCUCCUCGACCUCGCCGCCGUCGGCCUUAUCGGACAGAAAGCCGGCCUGUCUACGUCCCUAACCGAGCAGCUGAAGCAAGUACUCGAUAUCACAGCAACCGCGCUCCACCGCGUGUCGGCGUCGCACCGCACCGCGCUCCAGCGUCGGAUCAAGGAGGAGGAGAAGCGGGAGAGCAUGCGGCGGGAGAGGGAGAGGCGGCGCCAGCGGAUCAGGGACGGGACGUGGCAUGACCCGAGGAUGGACUGCGUGGCGGGGAACGGGGUCAUGAGCGAGCUCGGGAUCGGGGACGAGAUCUAUGCCGAGGCGGAUGACCUGCCGACGGGGGUGGACAAGGACGCAGAGGAGAAGAAGGAGGCGGUGCACACGACGGUCGAUAAUACCGCGGAGGAGAGCCGGGUCGACGUCGUCGAAGCCCGGUUACAGGACAAGGCGGCGUCGGUGCUCGAAAUGCUGGGGAAGCCCUUCGGGGGCUCCGGCUCGGACGAGGUGUCCGGCAGGCCAGACCCAAACGCGACCCCGAGCAACGGCAGCGAGCAGCGCCGCGAGGGCCAGGACCCGGAGCGCAAGCAGCGAUCGGUUGAGGACGUGGAGGCUGUCAAUUCGUUGCCGAUCGUCGUCCUCAAGAACUUCGUCAUGCGCGCAGGGGCAAACGAGGAGGUGUUGAACGUGCUCGCCACCUGGGCGGCGAGCCUGGCGGAGAACAAGAUCGCGCACGUUGUAGUGGUCAGCGAUAACAGGGAGAACGCUAAGAGGCUGGCUAAGGCACUACCUAGCAAGCCGCUGAACGCUAUUGCGCUGUACGAUGCGGACGCGGCCAGCGCUCUAUCUUACGUCAAGCAGAAGCUGAACGACGCCGGGGUGAACAUUCCGUUCAGUGGGAGGGAGACGGAGUACGUCGAACGACUUGGUGGACGGGCGAGCGACCUCGAGAGUUUGAUACAUAAGGUUCGCAACGGCCAGAGCGUGCAAGAGGCUGUUGAGGACAUCAUCCGACGGGACGUCGGGGAAUUGCGCAAGAAUGCGUUUGGGGAUGAUGCGGAAGAUGCGAAAAACUUGCCUUGGUCUAGGGAGCAGGCAUGGACGCUUGUGAAGAAACUAUCGAAGGCCGAUGAGUUGCCGUACUACGACGUCCUGAUCGACUUUCCCUUCAAAGGCGACGAAACUGCGCUAAGGAGCAUGGAGCACGCCGAGCUGGUCGCUAUCGGAACGGACAAUGGUCGCCCGACGACGAUCAGGCCGGGCAAGCCUGUCUACAAAUAUGUGUUCCAGCAGGUCGCACAGGACCGCGUAUUCCAGGCAACGCAAGAUAUCGCAAUCAACGAGAAGCUCAUUGCCAGUGCGGAGAGUACCGUGAAGGCGUGCGAGGAGGAGCUGCUCACCCUCAAGGAGAUUCGUGCUGGCGAAUCGAGCUGGUGGUCAAGCAGCACUCGCACUCGGGAAAAGUACCUGGUCAAGAAGAUGCAAGCGUCCGAAGGGAAGAUUGAGCAACUGGAGAAGCAGAAUGCGGAACUGAAGAAAGUGCUGGCGAAGACAUCACAUAAGUGA